AUGCGCGGCCCCCGCGCCCGCCGCCGCGCAGCCCCAGGCGCCGCGCAGCCCCCGGCCAAGCGCUCCGCUCCGCGCCGCGCAGCCGCCGGGCCGGGCGGGCCCCGCGGGAGGGCGCCGGCUGCGAGCGGCCGCUGGGUCCCGCUUCCCUCCUUCCUCUCCCUCCUCCUCCUCCUCCUCCUGUCUGCGCUUUCCACCGCUCCCGAGCGAGCGCAGCCUCGGAUGUCCGGUUUCCUGGUGGCUUUUUUACCUGGCAAAGUCCGGAUAACUUCGGUGAGAAUUUGCAAAGAGGCUGGGAAAGCUGGGAGCUCCCGCAGGCGUCUGGGAGCUGCUGCUGCUGCCGCCGCAUCUUCUCCAUCCCGCGGAUUUUACUGCCUUGGAUAUUGCGAGGGGAGGGAGGGGGGUGAGGACAGCGAAAGAAGAGGGGGGGAGAAAAGGAAAAGAAGGAGCCUCGGAAUUGUGCCCGCAUUCCUGCGGCUGCCCCGCGGCCCCGCUCCGCCCUGCCAUCUCCGCACAAUGCACUUGCUGGAGAUGCUCUCCCUGGGCUGCUGCCUCGCUGCUGGCGCUGUGCUCCUGGGACCCCGGCAGCCACCCGUCGCUGCCGGCUACGAGUCCGGGCACGGCUUCUACGAGGAGGAGCCCGGUGUCGGGGAGCCCAAGGCUCAUGCAAGCAAAGACCUGGAAGAGCAGUUGCGAUCUGUGUCCAGUGUGGAUGAACUCAUGACAGUACUUUACCCAGAAUACUGGAAAAUGUUCAAAUGUCAGUUGAGGAAAGGAGGUUGGCAACACAACAGGGAACACUCCAGCUCUGACACAAGAUCAGAUGAUUCAUUGAAAUUUGCUGCAGCACAUUAUAAUGCAGAGAUCCUGAAAAGUAUUGAUACUGAAUGGAGAAAAACUCAGUGCAUGCCACGUGAAGUGUGUGUGGAUGUGGGGAAAGAGUUUGGAGCAACUACAAACACCUUCUUUAAACCCCCGUGUGUAUCCAUCUACAGAUGUGGAGGUUGCUGCAAUAGUGAAGGACUCCAGUGUAUGAAUAUCAGCACAAAUUACAUCAGCAAGACAUUGUUUGAGAUUACAGUGCCUCUCUCUCAUGGCCCCAAACCUGUAACUGUCAGUUUUGCCAAUCACACGUCCUGCCGAUGCAUGUCUAAGUUGGAUGUCUAUAGACAAGUUCAUUCUAUCAUAAGACGUUCCUUGCCAGCAACGCAAACCCAGUGCCACGUGGCAAACAGGACAUGUCCGAAAAAUCAUGUCUGGAAUAAUCAAAUUUGCAGAUGCUUGGCACAGCAAGAUUUUGGUUUCUCUUCUCAUCUAGGAGAUUCUGACACAUCUGAAGGAUUCCAUAUUUGUGGGCCCAACAAAGAUCUGGAUGAAGAAACCUGUCAAUGCGUCUGCAAAGGAGGUGUGCGGCCCUCAAGCUGUGGCCCUCACAAAGAAUUAGACAGGGCAUCGUGUCAAUGCAUGUGCAAAAACAAACUGCUCCCCGCUUCCUGUGGGCCCAACAAAGAAUUUGAUGAAGAAAAGUGCCAGUGUGUAUGUAAAAAGACCUGUCCCAAACAUCAGCCGCUAAAUCCUGCAAAAUGUAUCUGCGAAUGUAUAGAAUCUCCCAAUAAAUGUUUCUUAAAAGGAAAAAGAUUUCAUCACCAGACAUGCAGUUGUUACAGACCGCCAUGUACAGUCCGAACGAAACGCUGUGAUGCUGGAUUUUAUUUUAGUGAAGAAGUGUGCCGCUGUGUACCCACAUAUUGGAAAAGACCACUUAUGAAUUAGUGAAGAAAGCUACUUGCUAUUUUGGUGUACAUUUUUUCCAUUAGAACGAAAGAACAACAGAAACUUUGCAAAUACUUGGAAUGUAAUGUUCACCAGAGACCCUGUGGGGCUUUCACAGACAAACACAUCAUGCUUUUCUCAAGAUGUGGAAAGCAAAUGUAGAAAAUAACUGGGGUUCAUGUUUUAUAAAGAACUCAGUAAGGACUUAUUUUCUGCCAAUGACCAAACAGCCUAGGUUCUACUUCUUGUGAUUUUUUUUAAAGAGAUAAUGACUAUAUAAUUUAUUUCCACUAAAACCAUUGUGCAGCAUUUGUUUAUAGCAGUAACAAUUGUUAAAGCUCACUGUGAUCAAUAUUUUUAUAUCAUGCAAAGUAUGUUUAAAAUAAAAUGGAAAUUGUAUUAUACAAUGAGAAUGUUUGAUCCAUCUGCCUAUGGCAGGGAACUACAACUCAGCUACAUUACCAGAGCCCUAAAAAAGGAGAAAAAGAGGUUAAGAGAAAGCACUUCUAUAAGAGGAAAAAAACUUCAGAUGUUUCCUUGGAGCUGUUGUAUAUAGCAUUUGAAAUACAAAGAGUUAAUAUUUCAUAAUCCAGUGAUACUUCUGUCUUUGGAGUAAAAUCAGCAAAGCAAGUACAGUUAGUAACUAAUGAAAACAUUGCAGAUCUUGCAUGUACCUUGUGCAACUAUAAGGUCCACAGCAACUAGUUGUGUUCCAAAAUGUACAUUCUUUAACUUCUUGUUGUCCUGGUUUUAUCAGUAUUCCAUAUCAUGACAUCAUGCAGCUAGCUGUUCGGUGCUGGAACGCUACGAUUCCUGGGUCUUGUGCUCCUAUCAGUCUCAACUACUCUCACGUAAGUUCUGGCCUUCUAAGAGGAAGAUACUCUGAGAAGAGACAGACUACGCUUCCCAGACUACAGUUUUCCAGUACUCACGUGAUUUCCAGUUCUGGGUGAUGGGGCAGAGCGCUCUUCCCUUCCAGAAGACCAGCUGUGAGUAUCUGCCUAUAAAGAUUUGGACUCUCUCUCUCUCUCUCUCUGUAAUAAUUUUGAACAUUGCUCUGUAGACAUGAGCCAGGCCCCAAAUAAUUUGUUCCUCCUUAGCUUUGCUGAGCCUGCAACCAUGUUGUCUUAAAGCUGCCUUAAACUUCAGGGUUCUGUAGGUGUUCAGGAGUGAAAAUUUAACACACCCUGGGUGUCCUAAGGUCUCUUCCAGGUCCAUCCACAUUCCCUGCCAUUCAGUGUUCUCUGGAUUUUGGGGAGGC